AUGAACUUGUCGUGCAGAGGAUCCUGGAGCUUCUGCAUUCUAUAUCUUCGUGGAGACACUAUGGAGACACACCACUGUCUCCGUGGAGACACAGAGACACAUGUCAUGAAGACAUCUCUGAACACGGGAGACACGGAGACACAUCUUCGUGGAAACACGGAGACCUUCGUAUCUCCACGGAGUUGUGUCUCUGUGUCUUCCAUGGAGACAUGGAGGAGACCGUGUCUCCGUGGGGAGACAAGGAGGCUGUCCAGUAAAAUUCUCAAGGAAAGGCUUGUUACCCUGGAAAGAGAUCUUCCCAAACUCACUGAUGAGCUUCAGCAGGAAGCACAAUUCAUUCUUGCCGUCAGGUCUUCUAGGAUAGAAUCUGUGGAAUUGCCGCCAGUUUGUAUCACAUCAGUUGGGUUCACAAUGCUGUCAGAUUGUACCACAUCAGUUGGGUUCACCAUGGCUGCAUAUCAGAGUUUAGGGUUGGGUUUGGUUGUAGAGCAAGUCCUAGGGUUUUGCUCUGAUACCAUAUCAAAAGAUUGCUCAUAUAUUUUUCAUAUAUUUCUGUACAGUGAUGAAUAUGGAUAUUUUGGCAAACCUCGUGAAUUUAACUUCUCUGUGAAGGGUCAUGUGCAGCUUGGAAAAGAUUUAAACAUAUUUGAUUUUGAUGCUGCUGUUGAGGUAAUGUUUCUGACCGUAAGGUAUUCAGCCAUCCAUUACCUAACCGUGAGGAUUUUAUUCCAUGCCAUCCUUCCAGUUACUUGA